UUAGGAAAACCACCCUUCGCUUUAUAAGGAGCAGUGGCGGCUGGGAAAGGGCUGUGAAUUCAGGAAAGACAAGUCGGAGCAGUCACAUGUAGAGAAUCACAAGUGGAGGGAGUGGAUGUGAAGAGUGUGUCCGUGUGUGUUUUCGGAUGGUACGGUUGAGCCACAGCUAGGAAAACAAUGGCGGGGAUGGCAGACAUACGCAAAAAACUUGUGGUGGUGGGGGACGGCGCAUGCGGGAAGACGUGUCUCCUGAUCGUGUUCAGCAAGGACGAGUUUCCAGAGGUUUACGUGCCCACGGUGUUUGAGACAUAUGUGGCGGACAUAGAAGUGGACAACAAGCAGGUCCAACUGGCUCUGUGGGACACCGCUGGACAGGAGGACUACGACCGCCUGCGCCCCCUCUCAUACCCGGACACAGAUGUCAUCCUCAUGUGCUUCUCCGUGGACAGCCCGGACUCGCUGGAAAACAUCCCCGAAAAGUGGGUCCCCGAAGUCAAACACUUUUGUCCGAAUGUGCCUAUUAUACUAGUGGCCAACAAGAAGGAUCUGCGCAACGACGAGAACGUAAAGAACGAGCUGUCCCGGUUGAAGCUGGAGCCCGUGAAAGCGGAGGAUGGCCGCGCCAUGGCCAUGCGCAUUGGCGCAUAUGACUAUAUGGAGUGCUCGGCCAAAACCAAGGAGGGGAUCUGGGAAGUGUUCGAGAGCGCAACACGGGCGGCCUUACAGAAACGAACCACACAGCAGGGUGGUUGUCUCAAAUGCUGCGUGUUGAUGUGAAUCCACUUCCUCUGUCUGGAGAACCAAGAGUGCGCAGAAGGACUUUGGCACCUCCGGGGUGUGUGUCUGAACAUGUACGGGCAGUGACCACGGUGUGGAUACUCCCAUGAAAGCAGGCGACCCUGGCUGAAUGACUGCAAACAAGUUGUUUUUGAACACACUCGACGAUCAUCUGAUAUCUGUGUGUGUGUGAGUGAGAGAGAGAGAGAGAGAGAGAGAGAAAGAAAAGCAAGCACUGGUCACAGUAUGUUCUUUGUGGGUCACAUGAUCCCAGUCUGACUUGUGGAGGACAAACCACAUCGUGCAACGUUUCAGUGGACUCCUCUACCCAGUGUCUGCUGUGUGGACAGGGCCUGCUUCCAGCCACGAUUUUAAUUUCACACUGUUUUGUGCUUCAAACUGUUUUUAAAGGCCACUGCCUCACUGCCACGGUUAUACUUUGUAAUAAGCAAAGCAGAAAGAAAUUGCACUCGUUAUUUAUGUCCAUGUGUAUUGUAAAAAAAACAAAUACUGUAUUCAAUUUGGUAGAUUGCACAGCACCUGUAAAUUUAAGCAAUUUACAGAGAGUUUUAUAAAGACUACAAAUCGGUGUAAGGAGA